AUGUUGUUCAAAGCCUCGAUCUUGUUGAUCUUGUUGGCUUUCGUGAAAACAGCACACUUAUCUUCCACAAAAGAUUAUCCGAAUGUGCAGUGCUUGGUCAAAAAAUAUGUUUACAAUCUUGAAUGUCCUACUCCAUUGGAUGUCAAAGAAAUGUGCAAUGAAACCGAAGUGAUGUUAAAGGCUGAUUUUGAGGACGCUCGAAUCUUUGGAGCUCGAGUUGCGGCCAUGCUUUGUGAUGGACAGGAUUCUGAUGAAGUCUUCAAAACUCUCGAAUGCACACAAGAAGGGAAGAAUCGGAAGGAAUUCGUAAAUAAAUGUGGCAGAUUCAAUCCAAAAAGCACGGACUGUGGGAAAUUCGCGAAACAAGCCCGUUGUGCAAUUGACGUGUUGAAUUGUGGAAAUGAGAAGGUGGUGAAAUUCUUGACCGAGGCUUUCAUCAACGACGAUGAUCAUCGUGAUCUUUUCAAUUGUCGCGAAGAAAUCGCAAAAGAAAUCGGUAUCCAAGUUUGG